AUGGAGUCUACAUAUCAUACCCUUGUUCAGCGCAUCAUUUCCAAAUGGGCUGAGAAGAGGCGCACAUCACCCGACACCUCCAAUGCACAUCCCCGCCUCAUCAUCGCCCUCGCAGGGCCACCAGGGUCCGGAAAGACAACCAUCGCCCAGAAAGUCGUCUCCGCCAUCAACGCCUCCCCGGAACCCCACCCAAAGUCGAUUGUCCUAUCUGCGGACGGCUUUCACCUACCCCUCGCAGCUCUCCGGGCGCUUCCUAAUGCGGCAGAAGCAAUCGCCCGGCGUGGGGCACCCUGGACCUUUGACGGCCAAGCCGCCGUCGACCUCGUCCGGCAGUUGCGGGCUUCAGCAGGACUGCGACCCGUUCUUGCACCGACCUUCGACCACAAGGUAAAGGAUCCGGUUCCCAAUGGGUUUACUGUAGAGGCAGAUGUUCAGGUUUGCAUUGUUGAGGGCAAUUACUUGCUCGUGGACGAAGAGCCCUGGAACCAGAUUGCCGAUUUGGUAGAUGAACGGUGGCUCGUAAGGGUUGAACCUACACUGGCACGGAGUCGCGUUGCCGCGCGGCAUAUUGCAGCUGGCAUUGAAGACAGUAUGGAAAGAGCCCUUUUCAGGGCAGAGAGUAAUGACAUGGUCAAUGGGGAAUUUGUUGACAGGCACAGUCAGGGUAGAUACGACGUAUUGAUCGAUAGCAUAGAAGAGUUACCUAAUUGA